GGUCUGGAAGCCACUGCACGGCGUCAGCAAUCCAGUUCUCCAACAUGGCGAGUCUACGCAUCAGUGAAUUGUUUGACGUCACCGGCCGAUGGAUUGCAAUCACUGGUGGAGCCUCUGGCAUUGGACACAUGCUGGCGCGAGGAUGCGUUGUCAAUGGGGCCAACGUCAUUCUCAUAGACAUAAAUGAGAGGGCGCUUUCGGAUACCAAGACGGAACUUGAGAGUUUAGCGACGUCUUCCAACUCGGAUGUUGAAGUGGUGAUGUUCGUCCCACUCACUAGUGCCCCAACCUUAGCACCCGUUGACCCUGCUGGCAGUAUUCGUGGUGACCUUUCCAGCGAAGACAUGGUCAAAGAUGUGGUUGAGACAAUCAGAUCCUUGCGAACAUCGUUAGAUGCAUUGAUUCACUGCGCCGCUGUUCGAUACAUGAACGACAUUACGUACACGCCAGGCGACAGUCUGAGUCAGCUCGAGGCCGCGACAUUAUCAGCUCCGUACAAAGGCUGGGAACAUACUUUUCGCCUGAAUGUCCUUGCCCCAUACUAUUUGACAGCCGGAUUAAUCAGUCUCUUGGGCUCGGCAGCCGCACAAGGAGACGGACGGGGCUGCGUCAUCUUGUUCAGUAGUCCAGCCAGCGUGCAUAACCACCAGUUUGUUCCCUGCUACCAAACAUCCAAGGCCGCCGUGGACCACCUUGUCAGAAUCAUGGCGGCCGAGUUCGCAAACUUCUACAUUCGCAUCAAUGCCAUGUCUCCUGGGAUCGUUCCCUCGGGAAUGACUCCCGACGACGGCACUUCGAACCUCCGCUUAGCAAGUGAAACCCCUGCCAAGAGGGCAGGAAAUGAAGAGGACAUGGUUGGGUGUGCUCUUUGGUUAAUGAGCAAGGCUGGUGCUUUCAUGGACGGAAAGGUGGUUCGCGUUGAAGGCGGAAGGUUGCUUAUCCUGAAAGGCGUCACUUCUAACUCAGAUUAGACAUUCGAUUGAUAAUGGAGAAUCAACUAGCACAAUCACACGCGGCAGUCUUCGGCCAGCCCAUCUUC